AUGGAUGCUAGUAUCUUGAGGGCUGUGGUUUUGAUGAGCAUGCUUGUGCUUGCAAUAGCUCAAGCUGAUAUUAAUCCUUCCUAUACCAAUACGGUUUCAAAUGGCAACACUCUUGGUCAAGUUGAUGAUGUCAUUGAUCCUUCCAAUACAAAUCAUGUGGUUCCAAAUGGUCAUCUUAUUUCUUGUGAUGCAAACAUAGGCCUUCAGAUGUUGUAUAUAAUUGUACACAUAACUGUGCCAACUCUAUUGCCACCACAAGAACUUCCAAUUUUGAUUGUUCCAAUUAGUAAGUGGGCCCGGUAUCGGUUGGAUGUCGAAAAUACCACAGGAUCCGUCACGGAUUCCGAGGAAUUCGGGGCGAGUCCUUUUGAAAUCCUAGUUGAGAUGCGUACGCCAGAGUUUCUUCGAUACUGCGUGCUCGUUAGUGGAGGCGCACCAGAUUGUCUUCAUUUUGAUGUUUGGUAA